GAGAUCGGAAAAAAGCAGCUCACAAAUUCAACUCCACCAGGCAAGACAUGUCCAACCGAUGGUAUAACAGUAGACAGGAGACAAACGCCCGAGACAAACAGCAACAUGAGAAGGAGCAGGCAUAUCAGGAGUCACUUCUUGAUGAUCUAGCAGAGGAAUUUAGACUUCCUAUCAAUCAAAGGCCAACAGAAAAUGUUGAUCUGGAACACGUGGAACAAGCGUCGUUAGAUAGACAGUUACCGUCAUCUAACAUUGGUUUUCGGCUUCUCCAGAAAAUGGGGUGGAAGGGGAAGGGGCUCGGUAAAGAUGAACAAGGAAUUGUUGAGCCAAUAAAAUCUGGAAUUAGAGACCCAAGACUAGGAGUAGGAAAACAAGAAGAAGACGAUUAUUUUACUGCGGAAGAAAAUAUUCAAAGAAGAAAACUUGAUGUUGAGAUGGAAGAGACCGAGGAACAUGCAAAGAAGCGGGAGGUUUUAGCAGAACGUGAGCAGAAAAUUCAAACUGAGGUGAAAGAAAUACGCAAAGUGUUCUUCUGUGACCUGUGCAACAAACAGUACAAAUUGGCUGUGGAAUUUGAAACUCACUUGAGCUCCUAUGAUCACAAUCACAGGAAGCGUUUUAAAGAAAUGAAAGAAAUGCAUGGUUCAAGUGGUCGGGAUGAUCGCCAAAAACGGGAGCAGCAGCGCCAGGAGAAGGAAAUGGCAAAGUUUGCUCAGAUGAGUGCCGAUGCCCGUAAGCAGCAGCAGCUACAACAACAGCAAGAAGAAUCUGCAUCUGCCCCAGGUUCUGCUGAACUGAGAAGUGCAACUGCACUUGCAGAUCAAGAUCAAAGGAAGGCUUUGAAAUUUGGGUUUUCUUCUAAAGGUGGCACCUCUAAGACAUCAUUUGGUAGUGCUUCAAAGAAGCCAAAAGUAGCAAAAGUACCCGUGGCCUCAGUAUUUGGCAAUGAUAGCGAUGAAGAAUAGGUGACAUAGCUUGUAAUUGCCAGUCGGUUCUGUACCUUAAAGUUUGUGUGUGUCGUGUGCGUUUAUGUUCCCAGCAUAUGCAGUUGCG